GGCGCUCCUGUGGAGUGAAGUAGUGGAUAAAAAUGCCUCACGCAUGUGCUGCUUUUGCUUGUACAAACCGCUGUACGCUCCAAAACAGAUCCCGGGGAAUUACAUUUCAUAGGUUUCCCAAAGAAAUCCACCUCAGGAAGCAGUGGGAGGCAGCCCUUGGACGGAAAGGUUUCAGCGCCAAUGACACAUCCAGGCUCUGCAGUGACCACUUUAGAAAGGAGGAUUUUGACAUGACCGGUCAGACUGUGAGACUCAGAGAUGGAGCUUUUCCCUCUGUGUUCAGGUUUCCAACUCAUCGCCAAAGGCCAGUGGCAACCAGGACCACACGGACUUCAAUGAGGGCACAGGAGAGCCUAUCAGCAGACUGUCGUUUGCCUGUCCAAGAGACUGAAGCUCUGCCUGAUCCCAGUGUUGACCACUCCUACGCGCUGUCUACAUCUCUUGAAAAUCUAAGGGCUAGACUCAAUGAAACCUUAUCUAGGAUGGAGAGCAUGGAAAGAGAGAAGAGAAAUGCUAAAGAUCGAGAACGGAGAGCAAAGAACAUAGUGCGUGGUCUUCUGCAAGAUUUGAGGGCGAAGAACCUCAUUAAUGAAGAGCUGAAAGAGAGGCUGGAUUCAUACUCAGAUAUGGACACAUCCGUUAGAAAGCCACAUCGGAUCUUGGUUACAGGAGGCUCAGGGUUGGUGGGCAGAGCCAUCGACAAAGUGGUUCAAGAUGGAGAAGGACGGGAGGAUGAGGAGUGGAUCUUCCUGUCUUCCAAGGAUGCAGAUUUAACGAAAGCAGAAGCCACACGGGCUGUGUUUGAAAAAUACCAGCCUACUCAUGUCAUCCAUUUGGCUGCAAUGGUGGGAGGCCUUUUUAGGAACAUGAAGUACAAUUUGGAUUUUUGGAGAAAAAAUAUGCUUAUAAACGAUAAUGUGCUGCAGUGUUCCUAUAAGUUAGGAGUUCAGAAGGUUGUUUCCUGUCUUUCAACCUGCAUCUUCCCAGACAAAACUGAAUACCCCAUUGAUGAAUCUAUGAUUCAUAAUGGUCCUCCUCACAGCUCUAAUUUUGGAUACUCCCAUGCUAAGAGGAUGAUUGAUGUGCAGAACAGGGCAUACUUUCAGCAACAUGGCUGUAAAUUCACUUCUGUUAUCCCAACAAAUGUGUUUGGACCUCAUGACAACUUUAACAUUGACGAUGGCCAUGUUCUGCCUGGAUUAAUCCAUAAAACCUAUCUAGCUAAAAAACAGGGUACUCCAUUGAUUGUUUGGGGGUCUGGAAAGCCAUUGCGUCAGUUCAUCUACUCCUUGGAUCUGGCGCGUUUGUUUAUCUGGGUAUUGAGAGAAUAUCCGGAGAUUGACCCUAUUAUACUCUCAGUGGGAGAGGAAGAUGAAGUUUCAAUCAGAGAAGCGGCCGAAAGCAUUGUGGAGGCAAUGGGAUUUGAAGGACAAGUUAUUUUUGAUGUGACAAAAUCAGAUGGUCAAUUUAAGAAAACAGCCAGCAACAAGAAAUUGUGUAAAUACCGUCCUGCAUUUGAAUUUACUUCUUUUCAACAAGCGGUGAAGGAAACCUGUAGAUGGUUUGAAGACAACUACAGCACAGCUAGAAAAUGAAUUAAAAGGUUGUAAUGAUGUGUUUUGUAUAUAAUUAAAACUUUUAAAAAUAGAGACGAGUUCUUGUGGCUUAAUUUUGCAAGAAUUUCUAGGGUUCUGCUGCAAAAGUAAAGCCUUUUUAAGAUGUUCUGACCAUAUUAUCAGUUUUUGUCCUUAAGGAGAACAGUUAUGAAGAAACUCCUCUCGCUGUGUGUUUUGGAUCCUGCUCAUUUUUAUGGAGGGUUUUAUUAUACGUGUGAAUUCUCAAGUUUUUAUGUUAUGCUCUUAAUUAUUUAGAAUACCAGGGUUCUCUAGUCUGUUAUUAAAAAAUGUGAAAGUGUGUGCCUUCACUCAUGCAGUCCUUUAUGAUGUCGGAAGUUAACUUUAAAGCUGAAUGACUCUGUUGGAACAAGUUACGUGUUGUUACAGGAACAAUAGAAGUAUGCCUACUAAAGAUGGACCUAGUAAUGCUGGUUGUUACAAUAUAGGAGGCGUUAGAGUUUUGGUUUUAUACUGUACUUAAAUAUCAGUGUAUGUAAAGAAAGCAGCUUAUUAGGGUGAGAGACACUUUGUAUCCACUUGUUCCUUGAUGUAAACAAAUUUAUGAAACCGCGGCCAACAACAAAUGUUAAUCUUCGACAACAAUUGUCAUGCACAAAAAUCAAAUAACUCCGAAAUGAUCCUUGGGCUCACAGAGGUACAAGGGGGGCCCUGACUGCACAGUUUAUACAGUGACAGUAGGUGCUGUUUACAUUAUCAUUUCCCCACAUUGGUAGUGUUUACCACUGAAGUGGGUGCGAGUUUUGGUUGCUUUAUAGCAGGAUGAACAAACUAACCACUAAUUUAACUACUAUAAGCAUUUUUGCCGUUGCUUAUGUAUUUAGAAAAGCCGACUACAGUUCAGGUAUUCAAGUUGUUCUCCUUUCAACACCACACAUUGGUCACAGCCUUUAAUUUACUGUUGUCACUGCAAUUGCUGCUUUCUGUGCGGUUUUAGGUAGUGGGCCAUGGCUGUGUAAAUACUGGUGGCGUUUGUGGUUUUAGGGCACCCCAUCUAAGACUUAAGGGCAUAACGUUGUGUGACAGUUAUGUUGAGUGAUUUCAUUUACUACUUUUCCAAUAGAUUUUGUAUGAUUUAUAAUUCUAAUGAAAAUCAGGGGUAAAACAUUCAUACAUUAUUGAAAUAUGUUUUUAUACAAAAUUACCCAUGUAACAGUUGGCCAUACAUUAAAAAAAAAUGAUAUAUUUCUAAAAUAAAUGUACUUGAGCUAAAGUGUAGGGCAGAGGUCUGCAAAGCCAGUCCUGAAUGGCUAUAGUGGGUGCAGCUUUUUGCUUCAACAUUAUUGGUUAAUUAGAAUCCAAUCCUUGCGAUUAACAGCUCUUAUGUGAUUAUAUGGGUGCUUAGUGUAAUUGUUCUGCCGUGUCAGCUCAUGUCUUUUUUUUCCAUUCUAAGGAUAUCAUCCAAAUGAUUUGUAAACUAAAGUUGAUCAGUAAUUCUUAGUCCUUCAUGUUUUUCUUUUCAGUUUCCUCCCAAAUAUUAUUAGACCAGAUAUGGUCAAUGGAAGCAAGUUAGAUGAAGCACACUGCUGGUUCAUUUGUCGUUUGCAUCCUAUUGCUAAUAAGGAAUCAUUAAAAACAGCGAAUGUAGCUGUUUAGGACUUAAAGGAGGAAUUAAGGUUGGGGACUCUAAACAAGACAACUAAAAUGAACAAAAAUGUUUGAGUAGUAAUUGACUUCUCAUUUAGAAGAACAAAAAUAUGCAGUCUCUACAAGCCUUCAAGGACAACUUUGUGGACCCCUCAUCUAUUGCUCUCUACAAUAAAACCUAUUAAUCAGUUGUUUUACUGUAAGAACUAUAGAUCAUGCUAUCUUGAGUGAUUAUUGGGGAAAUCUUUAUUUACAUGUGAAAUUUACAACUUUAAUACUAGAGCAGAGGUCUCCAGUCUUCAUCCUGGGGGAUGCAGUGAUUACAGGUUUUUAUACCAACAGACAGUUCCUGCUGUUAAUGAAACAAGUUCUUGAAUUUUGUGCCUUAAUAGCACACCCCUCACCCUGCGGUCAGACAUUCUCAUCUUGUGGAUUUUAUUUUUCUGAGGAUAUCCUUAUGGCAGGGGUCUUCAUUCUUGUUCUUGUAGGGCCAUUACUGGUAUGUAUUCAUUCCAGCUAUAUUCUGUGUUUAUUAGAAGGUAAUUACAGGUAUUUAAGGUAAUUGUUUUUGGGUUUAGUUUUAUUUCACCUAUUAAGAGUCACAACUCUAAUCCCUCACUUAUCGCGGGAGAUAGGUUCCAAGGCCGACCGCAAUAACUGAAUUUCCGCGAAGUAGGGACACCAUAUUUAUUUAAUUAUUUAAUGUGUAUUUGGACGUUUUUAAACCCUCCCUGUAUUGUUUACAACCCACCCUUUACUCUAUUAAUAACAGGGACAACUGCUAAGCAAUAUGAAAUCGGUAGAUAAGUUUACACUUACUGUAUAGCGAAGUACACAUAGCUAUAUAUGACGUGAUGAUGGUGAUGAAUAUGCUGUGCAGUAAAAAUGAUGACGAUGAAGGUGAUAAUCCCCUGAAUGCAGUAGCAAGAGCACGUUAAUUCUGAAUGAGUGAGAUGAGACUUCCUGGUUAAUGCAGCACUCUGUCGCUGAGCCAAUCAGCAGCACACAGGAACUUAACUGCGUGCUCUGAUUGGGUAGCUUCUCAGCCAUCCGCCAAUAGCAUCUUUUGUAUGAAAUCAACUGGGCAAACCAACUGAGGAAGCAAAUACCAGAAGUAAAAAGACCCAUUGUCCGCAGAAACCCGCGAAGCAGCGAAAAAGCCGCGUUAUAUAUUUAGAUAUGCUUACAUAUAAAAUCCGCGAAGUCGUGAAUCCGCGAAAAGUGAACCGCGAAGUAGCGAGGGAUUACUGUACAUUUUUUUUUAUUUGCUUCCCGUUUAAUUAUCCUGCUGCCCAAUCACACAGAAACUAACAGUUAAGAUGGCCCCAUUUGCACCGGUCUGUAUCAGCAAUUUACUUUUCCAUUUAGGUUGUUGGAAAGGAAACAAGAAAAUAAUUCCAACAAGUGCUAAACUUCUGUCAUCCUAGAAAUACCUUAAAGAAAUCCUCAGAAAUGUCAUACAAGACAGGAUGAGGAAAUCUAUGAGGUACACAGUUAAAGAACAGCAGGAACUGGCUGCUGAGGUGGAGAUGGUCUGGGAGUGUGCCAGUAGUUUUUACUACAGUCCAAGAUUGGAAACCCUCCUUGUUCUCUUUUUAAUGUCACUAAUCUUUGUUGGUUGGUAGUUAUUUUUGGAUCACAGUUAAUGGUUUAGUGCUGUUUGCUCACACAAAUGCAAGUUUGUUGAUUUUUCUUAUAUUUUUGUUUGUAUAUGCAGUCAAUUUGCUUCUAAUCUCAUUGUUAUCUUUUGUAAAACAUCAUUUCUGUUCCUUCUUUUAAAAGACUUGAAAAACGGGUCUUGAUGUGUGAUACACAAUCUUCAGAGUACUGUUGUCCUUCACAAAUAAUGUUACAAUUUUAAAUGUCUGGAAACAUUUGUAUUCGGCCAUUUCAUUUUUGAGGAACUUGACAGAUUUUUAGGUUAUGGGCAUUGUAGCAUUGUCAAAUUUGUGCAAUCAGCUAAAACUGGUGUAAAUAUAAAAUAAACAUUA